AUGGCGGAAAGCGUGGUAGAACAACGAGGAUCCAGUAAGACCAAGGUCAAGGUGUUUAUGAUUGGAUGGGCUGGAUGUAACGACCGGUAUCUAAGCAAAUAUGCUCCGGUAUACCAGAGAUUGGGGUAAGUUUUUAAGUUUAUAAUCUUACCUUUCCUUUCAAUAAACAUUUUUAAAUUUAGAGUCUGUUUUGCACUUUUAAAAUGACUUUUUAAAAAAUAUUUUUAGAACAGAACCCCACAUGGCUUGUCCCCAGCUCUACCAAGGUUUAUAUCUUCGUGUAACGCCGAAAGUUGUUCGAAAAUACUUUGAAGAAAUUGACACGAUCAUCACAGAGGCUUCAGAAGACACGCAGAUUGUUUUUCACAUAUUCAGUAACAAUGGCACUGGCAUUUUUGCUUAUUUGUGGGAUAUGAUUGGAAAGGAGAGGAGUCACUGGAAACAACAGAUUCAAGGCAUUAUUUUUGAUAGGUAAGGCGUGGUUUUGCAUUGGAAGUGAGGAGUUGUUGAGCAAAAUUGUCAUAAGAUUUGUUUUUUAAGUUGGCAAAAGAAAAUAGGCGAAAUGAUGGUUCUGCAGCCUACGAAACAGUGAAAAAUGGAGGUCGCAGCUCGCGCGCACUUUUUUGAAGAGUUUUGCAUUGGAAUGAGGAUAAUAGGAACUCAAAGAUAAAUUUUAAAAAAAUUUUUUAAGUUUUACUUACAUUUUUAAAAAUCUGCGUAAAAACCUCGGCCGCAGCGUGCGCAUAUCGCUUUUACCUUUCUUUGCAGCCUGCGCAAAUUUCUGAUUUAAAAUGGUAUAAAAGCCUACCCUAUCUUACAAUUUAAGUAAAAACAAUGUAAAAAUGCAAUUUCAGUGGCCCAGCAACCGCCGAGAACCCAUUAGUCUGGACUAAAGCCUCCUACUACACCAAUGUACCGCCAACUCAACAUGGUACACUAACCUACUUGUUACACAUGAUAUUGUUGGCACCAUUCUUUAUAUUUUACGUGGCUUACAUCAAAUUGAGAGGUCUGGUGGAUCCUGGCUAUAGGAAAAAGGUAGGUUUUUAUUUUUUAAAAUUUUUUUGCACUGUGCAAGCGGGUUUGAAGCUUUUAAAAAAUUUUUGAAAAUAAAAUUUAAUUUGUGGAAACUGGUUUUAAAAUAUGUUAGUAAUACCUUUACUUUCUUUUAUGGUUAAAAAAAUUUUGAAUUUUGGCACGGUUUGGUUGGAAAAAUGAAUUCAAGUUUUUUGACUGCACCGUGCAGAUUGUUGAAAUCUUUUUAUUUUUAUGUCAUUUUUAAUUAAAUCUAUUUUUUGCAAAAUUUUUUGUUGUGUAAAGAAAGUCCUUGCCAUUUUUUGUUGUGUAAAAAAAAUUCUUGCUAUUUUUUGCUUUCUAAAGAAAGUUCUUGCCAUUUUUUGUUGUGUAAUGAAAGUUCUUGCCAUUUUUUGAUUUGUAAAGAAAGUUCUUGUCAUUCUUUGUUGCGUAAAGAAAAUUCUUGCCAUUUUUUGAUUUUUAAAGAAAGUGCUUGUCAUUCUUUGUUUUGUAAAAGAAGUUCUUGUACCUUGUAACGUUUUUUCUCCAAAAUUUAAUUAAGACCUUACUUUAGGUCCUACCCAACAACUUGUUAGAAUCCUUCGACGAUCUUCCACAAAACCAACUCUUUCUAUAUUCGGAGAAGGAUGCCGUUUGUGAUCACACAUUGAUUUCCCAUUUUAUCAACAUCCAAUUGGCCAAAGGAAAGUUGGUUGAGACUAAAUGUUGGCCAAGUUCUGGUCAUGUAGCUCAUUUGCGAAGGUAUCCUGACGAAUAUUCUGAAUUAUGCAAAUCUUUCGUCGAAAAAUGCUUUGGCACUAAGUUCAAUGUUUAG